AUGCCGCCUUCUCGCUUGCCGUCCGAUUCUCCUCCCUUGGAGGAUGCAGAUGACAGCGACAAUAACCUCAAUUUCAUAAGGAACACACUUGCUUUCCUCGACCAGGAACCACCAGUGCAGACCGGAAACAGGAAUCGCUCGACGGUAGACUCGAGAGGUCCCCUGCCUCACAACGUCCCCUCAGAGGAACAGACGCUGCCGGAGACUGCAGAGGCGAGACGAAUUAGACUGCAGCAGAUACUCGCCCGUCUCAAUCGACUUCACGAUCCGUCAGCGUAUAGUAACCGGAGUCCCCGCGCCYCGACGCUCUACGACUGGGCUCCGCCGUCGAACGAGACCAGCGGCACCAUUACUGCUGCUCCCCACCAGAGCGAAUUAGAUCCAAUUCUGGCAGAGCUUCGCCAGACGCCGCCAAACACUCAUCCGGACGUUCUUCACGUCUUGGGCCAGAGCCAGCUGGAUUCUUCGCGACAACGGCAUGCCCCGCUCGCCUCGGAAGAGACGGAUGGGGCGAGGAGAGACCGUUUGCGCGAGCGAAGACGGCGGGAGACAGACUGGGUGAGAGCGCGGGAGGGAAGAGCGGAGGCGGCAUCACCAUCGGCGACGGAGCGCAUGCUGAGAUACGUCAUGGACCGUGGUCAGCGCAACUCUAUGAGCGAAGAGGAGGAGCGAGCACGGAGACUGGGGUGGUACAAUCCCGUCGGUGGUGCUGAACACGAUAGUAGUAGCAACAACAACACGGCGCCGCUCAGUGCCACUGAGCUGCGGUCUCGCACAAUCCUGGAGAGGAACGAUGCGAGGGCCCGACGCUAUCUUGAGAAUGCCCCUCCUCGAUUACCACGUAUAUCGCCUCCUCCUGCAUCACAAUCGGGAUCCUCACAGCUACUGGAGAGCGCACUGAAGUAUCUGAAUCAGCUCCGAUCAUGCAAUCGAUACGAGGACGCCCUUUCGGCUGCCAUUGAAUACGGGCUGGCCACCAAGGAGUUCUUCGCCGAUAAACACGAUGAUUUCAUCAUGGAUCUCGCAGAGGUCAGUCCACUUGCUGGAUCGUCAUGGCUACAGCGAGGCACGUCGUUUGAGGGCGAGCAGCAUGCGACCAGUAAUGCUGCCGCACUGUUGCACUCAAGAUCUAGCGCGAGCUCUCGUUCAGUGGAGCAGAUCAACCCGAACUAUCGUAAUCAAAGCGUGUCCGCGACAGGAACAACGUUUGACCAUCCUCCCGGCUCUACCAGAGUGGUACCUUUUGAUCCCAGCAGAACUUAUGCAUCGCGGGCAUCAAAGACCGCAAACACAUCCCACGACCAUUGGCCUGUGCGAGUGGUGAUACACAAUUUCGACUGGGAGAAGAUGACAGUCCAAGGCAGCAUGGAAGCCUACGACGUUCCGCAGCAUCCUGCUUCUGUAUCAAUAUUGAAUUCGGCUGAACGUCCCAAAGCCGGCAAGAAGCACGCACCCAUCACCACCUAUCUCGAAGGCCAUAUAAUCGAUCUCACAACACACUCCUUCCUAACGCCCUCGGCGGCCGAAACAAAUCAGCAUGGACCUCACCCCACCACCGCUGAAAAUGCUACGCCAUACACAACUCUGAGUGGAUCGAUCAUCUUCCCAGCUGCUACGCCGGGGACUGACGCUGCCAAUUGGAGGAAACUGCCGCCCUUUAACACACUACCUUCCGACUCGGAAGCCGCGAGAUUAAUGUUGAGCAAAGAUCGCAUGAAUGAAGUGAACCAGUCUUACAUUUUCAUGCGGCUAAAAGAGAAGUGUUUCGUGCAUGGCAAGGACGACAAGUGCUCGGUAGAGGAUCGGGCAGGAGACCGAUGUUGUGGGCACGGGUUGACGAUCUCGGGGUUCUACUAUGUCAGUCUGAGGAGAAGCGAUGGAGAGAUUGAAGGAUUAUAUUUUGAUCCUAGCAGCACACCUUAUCAGUGCCUGCGGCUGGAGGGUAUCAGCGGACGACGAGGAUGGGGCAGUUGUGAACUACGGUGA